AAGGGGACAAGGGGCCUUAUAACUGUGCCUAGGGAGGGGGUCUCCCUCCUUUCUGGAUCUUUCUCUCACUUUUUGUGGUAUGAGUGCCUGAGUCCAGGACAGCCCCUGAACAGGACGCUGGCGCAGAGAUGGCAGAGGUGGAAGCCGUGCAGCUGAAGGAGGAAGGGAACCGGCAUUUCCAGCUCCAGGACUACAAGGCUGCCACAAAGAGCUACAGCCAGGCCUUGAAGCUGACCAAGGAUAAGGCUCUGCUGGCCACGCUCUAUCGGAACCGGGCAGCCUGCGGCCUGAAAACGGAGAGCUAUGUUCAAGCGGUUUCAGAUGCCUCAAGAGCUAUUGACAUCAACUCCUCGGACAUCAAGGCUCUCUACCGGCGAUGCCAGGCCCUGGAGCACCUGGGGAAGCUGGACCAGGCCUUCAAGGACGUGCAGCGCUGUGCCACCCUUGAGCCACGGAACCAAAACUUCCAGGAGACGCUGAGGAGGCUCAACACCAGCAUCCAAGAGAAGCUCCAUGUGCAGUUCUCCACGGACUCCAGGGUACAGAAGAUGUUCGAGAUCCUCCUGGAUGAAAACAGUGAAGGUGACAAGCUGGAGAAGGCUGCCAACAACCUCAUCGUCCUAGGGCGUGAAGAAGCAGGGGCUGAGAUGAUCUUCCAGAACAACGGAGUGGGCCUGCUGCUGCAGCUUGUGGACACCAAGAGGCCUGAGCUGGUGCUGGCUGCCGUGAGGACCCUCUCGGGCAUGUGCAGUGGCCACCGAGCGAGGGCCACCGUGAUUCUCCAUGCGGUCCGGAUAGACAGAAUCUGUGGCCUCAUGGCCGUGGAGAACGAGGAGAUGUCUCUGGCCGUCUGCAACUUGCUCCAGGCCAUCAUUGACUCUCUGUCGGGGGAGGACAAACGAGAACAUCGGGGGAAGGAGGAAGCCCUGGUUCUAGACACCAAGAAGGACCUGAAGCAGAUCACCAGCCACCUGCUCGACAUGCUGGUCAGUAAGAAGGUGUCUGGCCAGGGCAGGGAUCAGGCCCUGAACCUGCUCAAUAAGAAUGUCCCCAGGAAGGACCUCGCCAUUCACGACAACUCACGUACCAUCUACGUGGUGGAUAAUGGCCUGAGGAAGAUCCUGAAGGUGGUGGGGCAGGUUCCAGAUCUGCCAUCCUGCCUGCCUCUAACCGACAACACCCGCAUGCUGGCCUCUAUUCUCAUCAGCAAGCUCUACGAUGACCUGCGCUGUGACCCAGAGCGCGACCACUUCCGCAAGAUCUGUGAGGAGUACAUCACGGGCAAGUUUGACCCUCAGGACAUGGACAAGAAUGUGAUUGCCAUUCAGACGGUGUCAGGGAUCCUGCAAGGCCCCUUUGACCUAGGCAAUCAGCUGCUGGGUCUGAAGGGUGUGAUGGAGAUGAUGGUAGCACUGUGUGGCUCGGAGCGCGACGUAGACCAGCUGGUGGCCGUGGAGGCCCUCAUCCACGCAUCCACCAAGCUCAGUCGUGCCACCUUCAUCAUCACCAACGGCGUGUCACUGCUCAAAGAGAUCUACAAGACCACCAAAAACGAGAAGAUCAAGAUCCGCACACUGGUGGGACUCUGUAAACUUGGCUCUGCGGGAGGCACGGACUACGCCCUCAGGCAGUUUGCGGAAGGGUCCACGGAGAAGCUGGCCAAACAGUGUCGCAAGUGGCUGUGCAAUGCGUCCAUAGACACCCGGACCCGGCGAUGGGCCGUGGAGGGUCUGGCCUACCUCACGCUGGAUGCCGACGUCAAAGACGACUUUGUCCAGGACAUCCCCGCCCUGCAGGCCAUGUUUGAGCUGGCCAAGACCUCUGACAAGACUGUCCUGUACUCUGUGGCAACCACCCUGGUGAACUGCACCAACAGCUACGAUGUCAAGGAGGUCAUCCCCGAGCUGGUGCAGCUUGCCAAGUUCUCCAAGCAGCACGUCCCCGAGGAGCACCCUAAGGACAAGAAGGACUUCAUAGAUAUGCGUGUGAAGCGGCUUCUGAAGGCUGGGGUCACUUCCGCACUGGCCUGCAUGGUGAAAGCGGACAGUGCCAUCCUCACCGACCAGACCAAAGAGCUGCUGGCCAGGGUAUUCCUGGCCCUCUGUGAUAACCCGAAAGACCGAGGAACCAUUGUGGCUCAAGGCGGUGGCAAGGCGCUGAUCCCCCUGGCCUUGGAGGGCACAGACGUGGGCAAGGUGAAGGCAGCCCAUGCUCUGGCCAAGAUUGCCGCCGUCUCUAAUCCGGACAUCGCCUUCCCCGGGGAACGGGUGUAUGAAGUGGUCCGACCCCUUGUGAGUCUCCUGGACACACAGAGGGAUGGGCUCCAGAACUACGAGGCUCUCCUGGGCCUCACCAAUCUGUCUGGGCGGAGUGACAAACUCCGGCAAAAGAUCUUUAAGGAGAGGGCCUUGCCAGACAUUGAAAACUACAUGUUUGAGAAUCAUGACCAGCUGCGGCAGGCGGCCACAGAAUGCAUGUGCAACAUGGUGGUGAACAAGGAGGUACAGGAGAGGUUCCUGGCUGAUGGGAAUGACCGGCUGAAGCUGAUAGUGCUCCUCUGCGGGGAGGACGACGACAAGUUGCAGAACGCAGCUGCGGGGGCGCUGGCCAUGCUGACGGCAGCUCAUAAGAAACUGUGCCUCAAGAUGACCCAAGUGACAACGCAGUGGUUGGAGAUCCUGCAGCGGCUUUGCCUGCAUGACCGGCUGUCAGUCCAGCACCGGGGCCUGGUCAUUGCCUACAACCUACUGGUUGCCGACGCUGAGCUGGCCAAGAAGCUGGUGGAGAGUGAGCUGCUGGAGAUCCUGACUGUCGUGGGCAAACAAGAGCCAGAUGAGAAGAAGGCGGCAGUGGUGCAGACAGCCCGGGAAUGCCUCAUCAAAUGCAUGGAUUAUGGCUUCAUUAAACCGGUGUCUUAGACAGGGGCCCACAGGGCUGCUGGGGCCAGUCCUGUAUUCUGAAGAGUCCUAAGCCAGGAACUCAAGGGGUAUCAUUUCAGCUGGGGAUCUUAGCAGUGACUACGAAGUCUCCAUAUAAAAACCAAGACUUGAGUGUUCCCUGAGUUGUCGACCUUCCUCUUUGCCCUAGGAAAUUUUGGAUGUUUCAUUGGCUCUCUUGCUGUCUCCUUACAACUAUCAGGUUGCAGAAAGUCCUAGAAUAAUUUUCAUCUAUGAUUCGGAAGACAACUUGGGUAAUUCUUUCUGUACCCAUUCCAAAGGCCAGGAUAAUGGGCUGAAUUCUUUGUAUUUUGGGAAAUGGGUUGUGUGGUAAGUAGGACCUAACAGGUGUGUGAAUAGAAAGGUUAGUGCAACCACAUCUG